CAGCACGCUGGCGCCGCCGAUGUGGAUUGAGGGCAACUCGACUGCAACGCAGAUCCGCGACGUCUUCCGACUCACCGAACACACAUAUUUGAAUGAAGUGAAUACUUCAUUGGGGAACACAUCUCCUGCGCGAAUCAAACACAAAACCAUUCGUUGGGCGUUUUGUCAAAUUUCACGGAGCUAGAAUCGACACCGGGACAAUGGCUGAUCAGCUGACCGAGGAGCAAAUUGCUGAGUUCAAGGAGGCGUUCUCGCUGUUUGACAAGGACGGUGACGGUACAAUCACUACCAAAGAGCUUGGCACUGUGAUGCGCUCUCUGGGACAGAACCCCACCGAGGCCGAGCUGCAGGACAUGAUCAAUGAGGUGGAUGCUGAUGGUAAUGGUACGAUUGACUUCCCUGAGUUCCUGACCAUGAUGGCCAGAAAGAUGAAAGACACAGACAGCGAGGAGGAGAUCAGAGAAGCCUUCAGAGUCUUUGACAAGGAUGGUAACGGCUACAUCAGCGCAGCAGAGCUACGACACGUCAUGACCAACUUGGGGGAGAAGCUCACUGACGAGGAGGUUGACGAAAUGAUCCGUGAGGCAGACAUUGAUGGCGACGGUCAGGUCAACUAUGAGGAGUUUGUCCAGAUGAUGACUGCCAAGUGAAGAGAACACUGACAUUUAUCUCAACAUUGCUUGUCCUCCUAAGAUCACUCUCUUCAAGAACCAAAAAAAAGGAACAAUUAUCGAAUGAUAAACCAACUUCCCCCUCAGAAUCACUUACCUGUAGAAUUUUGCAAUUUGUGCUUCAGUACAUCCAACUACUUCAAAGGUAUCUGUGUAGCAAACACCGACAGAAUAAUCCCUAGAGAAGUUAAUGGACCAAGCUUUAGGGGGGCCGAAGCCCCCGUACUUCAGACCAAGAUUCUGCCGAGUCACCCAGCUCCUGAUAAAUUUAGAGGAGAGAGCAACACUGAACAGGCAGAGGGAUAGGAACCCGUGCCACAGCUCUUACAGAGAAGUUGGCCAUUUAAUUCUUUCCAAAUAAUCUUCAACAAAGACAAUUGACUUUCUUGCGCCAGUGGUUAUUCUCCAAACUCUGAAUUGAGUACUCUUCUUGCAUGCACCCUUUCUGUGGCGGUCUUAUGUCACAACGAGGAGGCUCUGAUCCCAUCAGAGGUAGUGGUCAGAUUGUGUACACACUGGAGGUAUAUACAUAAAUAUAUAGCUAUAUAUAUAUGUAAAAUUUGUGUCACUAUUGGUUAUCGCAAGAGAAAAUAGUUGCAAUGUAGGGUGUUCAUUGGUGCUCAGAUGAGAUAUUCUAAUACCUUGAAAAGUUGGGACAAGAAUGGGAGACAGAAAAGUGCUGAGGGUUUCGGGGAUGUUCUAUCGUCUUGUCUUGAGUCGUGGGCUUCGCCUGCAGCACUGAUUGGAGACAGUAGUGUGUUGUAUUGCUUCAGGACGAUUCUUGUGAAAACAACUGAGGAAUGCAGUCAAUACAUUUGUUCUGCAGACAGAUAUCCUGAUGAUUCAAUAUUGAUGUAAAGCUUUAUUAAUGUGUUCUCAAAUAUUAAUGUAUUGAUGACAAACUUUGGUCACAAAAUAUAUCCAUAUAUAUUAGUGUGUCGUAAAGUUUGCAUUGCCUAUUGUUGUAGUAAAUGACCGUGACAUGUUUUCUCUUUGGUUUUAAAAUGUGCCAUAAUACUCAAGAAAACGCCUCAACCUUCUUGCAAGACUCGUAGUUCAUUAGAAUAUAAUAAACCUAUUUAAUAAAGACUUCAUCAUAAUACAUGCAGUUGAACAUAUACAGACUUUGGUAUAAACCAUGUGACUAUUACAUAGGUUUGGUUCUAUAAGAAGAAAAAUAAACCAAAUGUCACUGUUGCCGCUGCUUUGAUGACUCAUGCUUUUCAGACACAUCUUGUCCUUGUUGGUGUCUGAUCUUCAAUUUGUAGUUCGGUGAUUCAAACUUCAAUCUGCUUGCUGUUUUACUGAACAUGAAUACAUAAACUGUAUAUUCACAAAUAACUACUUGUGGGGGUGAUGUGAUUCAUUUAGGCCAUCAGAAUGGGACAAACCAGUGGGUAUGAAAUGGAGUUGUAGCAAAUAAUUAAAAUUAAAAUGUGUCAUUGGAUCCUGCAUUAGGUUUUUGGACAGAAAUUUGCGAGGCACGUUAGUCAAAGGAAAUUUCAAAACUGCUCUGGUCGAGGCGUUUCAAUUGGUCACCUUUCAGAUGUGUGGCAGAAAAAACAGGAAAUGUACUGACUGAAGCUAUCUCAAAAAUGUAAAGAUGUGAUAUUUUCCAUGAAUCAAUAAAUUGACUGCGCUUUACUUCA